GUGCUACCAAGUACACAGAUAAAGACAAUGGAGGGAUGCUUGUGUGGUCGCCUUACCACACUGUCCCAGAUGCCAAAUGCUUUUCCUCAGUCUAUGGAGCAGUAAAAGAAAUGCCUUGGAGCUUCAGAGAGCCCACUCCCAUUACCAUUUAAAGAGGGAAGGUGAGAGAAGUGACUGCAGCCCUCAGGUCAUCUUGUGCCCUCCAUUUCUGGACGGAGACCUUCUGGAGCCCUCACCAUGCACUUCUUGACCCAUGGCUUUAGACUUCAGUGUGAUGUAGCGGACCUGACCCCUUUGCGGCACAUCAGAUAUAGGAAACACACAGUGGAUGAAUACAUCGCCAUUGCAAAAGAGAAGCAUGGCUACAACGUGGAACAGGCGCUUGGCAUGCUGUUCUGGCAUAAACAUAACAUUGAGAAGUCCCUUGCUGACCUUCCUAACUUCACUCCCUUUCCGGAUGAGUGGACUGUGGAGGACAAAGUCCUAUUUGAACAAGCCUUCAGUUUUCACGGGAAGAGCUUCCACAGGAUUCAGCAAAUGCUUCCAGAUAAGACAAUUGCAAGUCUUGUAAAGUAUUACUAUUCUUGGAAAAAAACUCGCUCAAGGACAAGUUUGAUGGAUCGCCAGGCCCGUAAACUGGCCAAUAGGCAUAAUCAGGGUGACAGUGACGAUGAUGUGGAAGACACACACCCAGUGGACGGGAAUGACAGUGACUAUGACCCAAAAAAGGAAGCCAAAAAAGAGGGUAACACUGAACAGCCCGUCCAAACCAGCAAGGUUGGCCUCGGGAGGAGGGACUACCAGAGCCUACAGCACCGCCAUCACUCGCAGCGUUCCAAGUGCCGCCCACCUAAGGGCAUGUAUUUAACCCAGGAGGACGUGGUGGCUGUUUCCUGUAGUCCCAAUGCAGCCAACACUAUCCUGAGGCAACUGGACAUGGAGUUGAUCUCUCUAAAGCGUCAGGUUCAGAAUGCUAAGCAAGUAAACAGUGCGCUUAAGCAGAAAAUGGAAGGUGGAAUUGAAGAGUUCAAACCUCCUGAGUCAAAUCAGAAAAUUAAUGCCCGUUGGACCACAGAGGAGCAGCUCCUAGCAGUGCAAGGUGUCCGCAAAUAUGGUAAAGAUUUUCAAGCUAUUGCAGAUGUAAUUGGCAACAAGACUGUUGGCCAAGUGAAGAACUUCUUUGUAAACUACAGGCGCCGGUUUAACUUAGAGGAGGUAUUGCAGGAGUGGGAAGCAGAACAAGGAACCCAGGCUUCUAAUGGUGAUGCCUCUGCUUUAGGGGAGGAGACAAAAAUUGCUUCUAAUGUGCCGUCAGGGAAGAGCACUGAUGAAGAAGAGGAGGCACAGACCGCACAGGCCCCUCGGACUCUGGGUCCAUCACCUCCUGCCCCAUCACCCACUCCAACACCAACAGUCCCCAUUGCCACUCUGAACCAGCCUCCGCCACUUCUUCGUCCGACACUGCCUGCGGCGCCCGCUCUUCACCGGCAACCUCCUCCGCUGCAGCAGCAGGCUCGGUUCAUCCAACCCCGGCCAACUCUGAACCAGCCUCCCCCGCCUCUCAUCCGUCCUGCUAACUCUCUGCCACCCCGCCUAAACCCAAGACCAGUGCUGACCACGGUUGGCGGUCAACAGCCACCGUCACUCAUUGGGAUCCAGACAGAUUCACAGUCCCCACUGCACUGAGACUCAGACUGGACCAAGUGGCAGUUGUUUCUCACCCAUCGUCACACCAUACUCAUAUGACUGCUCCAAACGAGGGAAACCUCUUCCCAGAUGCUGAGGCUGCAAACGAGCUCUGUGGCAGUGCCCUAGAGCACAGUGGGCGUGACACCGCAGGGAGCCUCUGUUUAGCCUCCUUUCCAGUGUUCACCAGUGGGAUCUCAUGGGAGGAAAAAGGAUUCUAUAUUCCAAGGGGUUUGUUUAUUUUGACUGUAUUUAUUUUGUUGAGGUUUCUUACUUUCCUGCCUCUUCAUACUCAAAGCUGUUAGUACAAAAAUAUUGACUUAAGAAUUGUAAAAAACAAAAAACAACAACAAAAAAAAACCCAAACUCCUUAAGUUCCUUGAGGAUUUUUAGCUUUUUGCCUUUUUUCUUUAAUUUAAAUUUUUUAAAAAAAAACACUUUCCUAUGUUAGGAGUGCAAGAAGAAAUAGGCUGCAUUUCAGAUUUUUGAUAUGUUCAUAUUCAUAUUUAAGAAAUGAUAGCUUCAUAUCCCUUUUUUCAAAAUACAUUGCUUUUUUUCUAAAGGAAUUCUAAUAUAUUCCUUUAAAAGAAAGCAAUUAAAUCAAUUGCAAAGCAAUUAUAUGAAACCACAAAGAAUGUAUUGAGCCUGCUAAUCCUUUAACAUAGUUUGGGGUCCUAGCACAAAGCCCUUGUUUAAAGGUCACUGGCCCUGUUCUCUAUCGGUAACAGAGGUUUGGGAUCAUUUACUUGCAGAAAAAGGACUUUAAAUUUGGUGAGAUAUAAUGUUUUUAAGUUCUUUGAAGAUGUUAAUUUUGAAAAAAAAAAAGUUUCUAAAUGCUAUUUGUUUUUAGCUAGUAUCUGCCUGUGCUGGGAAUUUAGAACAGAAUGUAUUUUGUCAGUUAUGUGGAGAUGGUGGUUACGUAAGCAAUUAUUUACAGUUUAUAUUAUGAACUUAAAGUUGCCCUCAUACUCAUUAAUAGGGUCUUCGUUUAAUAUGAAGGGUGUGCUUUUCUUUUUUUCUUGAUAAGUCUCUACUGUGCGUUUGGAUACAUUUGUGGGAUCCUUGCAACCAACCUGUGCUUGUGAUUUGAUUUAGAGUUAAAUCAUCAGCAUCCUUUCACGAGGUGAACUUGAGAGUCCGUUGUGUUAUUGCAAUAAUUGUGCCGUUAACUAAAGUACUGAGACCGGUUUUUGUGAAGAAACAGGCUGAAAGUCUUUUUAUUCCAGCAUGAAAUCAUUAGCACCCACAAAGAAUGCUCCACGAUGAUAGCAUUUCAACAGUGCGUUACUGUAGUUUUGAGAGAAUGAUUUCAUAUGGGAAGCAUGUCUUGUCGGAGGCCACCCACAUCAAAGGGGUCAUGUGCUCCCUAAGUGAUGGAAAACUAGUUCCUUUAUGUAAAGGCUCCCCAGCCAUAAAAACCCUAGCUUUAAAUUCAUUGGUCAGUUUUAAUUUUCAAGUUUUCCUUCAAAAGGACCCUCCAUUCUGACAUAAUUGAAAUUGGCUCGAAGGAGAGGCUCUUUUUUCUCUCUCUCUCUCUCAUUGGAUCACCUAAAUAGUUUACAUCCCAUAUAAAAUGUAAUAUUAAAGAAUCUAUACUUACUUUUACUUUAAAAGCCAUGGAAGACGGUUGUGUAUCUUAAACUGUCGAGAGCAUUUUUUUUAAGCACUUGUCUUGUGUCUGUGCAUAUCACACCUUGACAGCUUUCACUGUCUAGUCUCCUGUCAGUAGACCUUCAGUACACUCUGGGGAAUGUCAGUCAAGUUGGUCAGCACCAGUGUCUGUCCAGAUGUUCAGUAUCUUGUGGUUCAUUUAAAACCCAUUCCAUCCCAGACAUGGGCCUAGGUGCUGUAUCUGAGGGAUGUGUUGCAAUUUUAUUUACAAACACUAGAGCACACAGUAGGAAAGUUGUAGUUUCAUUAGUAAUCUGACACAUGUAUAUAGUGAAAUGUCUUUAUUGUGUGCUUUGCAUACUUUGUAAAUAUUUUGCACGUCCUUAUUUUCCAUUUUUGUUUGAGCAGUGUUUGGCCUGGAAGAGUAAUAUGCUUGCUGUCUAAAGGAUUAAAGAUUUAAAGGUG